AUGAACGUUGGAGGCGAUGAUUGCCGGAUGUCCGCCAAGCCGUUCGCAUCCCGACCAUCGAGCUUACAGAGUUCUCCAGCGAAGCAAGGCAGCCCGGCUCCUCAUCGGCCGCGGCGUGGGUUUUGCCGCGGGUUUAAUGACUGCAUCAGCAUGGGCUCUACAGUCUCCACUGGCCAUCACCAGCAACAGCAAACAUCUCUUUCUAGAUUGGAGCGGCAGGUAGGGGAAUUAGAGAAGGAAGUCCAAAAGGAGGAGGAGCUUCGGAUGAUAUACAGGAAGAGAUUGGAGAGAACCCAGGAUUACCUCCGACACUGCCUUCAGAUAGCCAAAGACAACGGCUUUCUUCAGCUAAUCGUCCACCACAAGCACGACGAUGAACACGGCAACAAUAACAACGACAGCAGUGCUAAUGACAACAAUAACAUCGACAGUAACGGUAACGACAGACAAGAAGAGGUCCUUCUCUCUCCUCAGCUCUACAAUGGCAACGUCAGUCCUCAGUUCCCAGCUGGAACACUGGUGCAACCUCACUCUGAUAUUUCAGUAGUGGUCGAUCAGGCCAGGAUCAAUGGCUGGUACAUUGAGCCACAUGAGAUCGAGCUGCGAGAGAAAAUAGCACGGGGGACCACCGCGGAAAUAUACAGGGCCACGUGGCGGGGCCUCGACGUGGCGGUCAAGUGCAUCUUCCCCGACUUUUUCCACACGAACCAGAGCAGUGCCGCCUUCUUCGCGCAGGAGGUCGAGACCCUGUCGCGGCAGCGGCACCGGUUCGUGCUGCAGCUGAUGGGGGCAUGCAUCGACCCGCCCGAGCGCGCGUGGAUAGUGACCGAGUUCCUGGGCUCGACGCUGAAGGAGUGGCUCCACGGGCCCGGGAACCGGAGCAAGGGUGAGAGGGCGAAGCCGCUGCCCCCGCUCGGGGAGCGGCUGAGCCUGGCCUUGGAGAUAGCCCAAGCGAUGCAGUAUCUGCACGAGCAGAAGCCCAGGGUGAUCCACAGAGACUUGAAGCCCAGCAACAUCUUCUUGGACGAUGCGAUGCAAGCGAGGGUGGCUGAUUUUGGGCAUGCCCGGUUCUUGGGAGAUGAAGAGCUGGCAUUAACGGGCGAAACGGGUAAAUUCAAGAACAUCUGGACUUACGUGUACAUGGCGCCGGAAGUGAUACGGUGUGAGCCUUAUGAUGAGAAAUGUGACGUAUACAGCUUCGGGAUCAUACUCAAUGAGCUCAUCACAGGCGAACACCCUUACAUCGAGACCGACUUUGGCCCCGCCCAGAUUGCAGUGGAAGUAGCAGAAGGCAGGCUCAGGCCUGCUCUUCCGGCGGACGAAGAUGGCCAACUUGAAGAGCUUGUCCAGAUCGUAUGCCUAUCUUGGGAUCAAGACCAUUCAAUUAGACCACCCUUCUCCACAAUUACUCGCAAUUUGAGAGGAAUUAAGCAGGCACUUACAAAAAAUGUUCAGAUUUUGGAGAGGAAUUAA